UCUGGUCCCGAGGCGCUGGGCGGGGGCGGGGCCGCAGGUGCCUCCCCCGCGGCCGCUCGCCUCUCGCCGCCCUCUCACACCCACACCCGCUCGCGCCAGGGUGCGGAGCGGCUCCGGGCGCGCGGGGCCAGCGGAGGACGGAGCCCAGGCCGGGGCUGCGCGGGAGACCCGCGAACCAGCGGUUGGAACCGGAGUCGGAGAGGGUGGGGUGGCCACUUCUCAUCUUUCUUUCACGCUUUUUUUCCUUUCUCUUAAAGAAGGAAAAAAAAAAAAACCCAAACCCUCCCCCGUUCCCAGAGCGACUUGGACGAGCAGGGAGUGACUGGAAGGACUGACGCAGAGGUUUUAUUUCUGAGCCUUGGAGAAGUUCUGGGCAAGUCGCCGGCCGGGACGCGCGACGCCCCGGGGCAGCGCUAGCCCCCUGCGCCGGCUCAGCCCGGCCGUGCCCACGGGCAGUUGAGCGCACAGGAGCCAGGCGCCCCACGACUGUGUUUGGCCAGUAAUGGUGCUGCUGGUGGGCUGCACCCAGGUGUCUUGGCUCGGCGAGCGUUCCCACCAGGUCUGACUGCCACCGUGGCUCCGAGACCCGAAGCUGUCGCCAGGAUGAUGGAGGAUGACACGGAACUGAGGACGGAUGGCAACUCCCUUUUGAAGGCCGUGUGGCUGGGGAGGCUCCGGCUCACCAGACUCCUCCUGGAAGGGGGCGCUUACAUCAACGAGAGCAACGACAAAGGGGAGACGGCGCUCAUGGUGGCGUGCAUCACCCAGCACGUGGACCAGCAAAGCAUCAGCAAGCCCAAGAUGGUGAAGUACCUGCUGGACAACAGGGCAGACCCCAACAUCCAGGACAAGUCCGGCAAGACGGCGCUCAUCCAUGCCUGCAUCAGAAGAGCGGGCGGGGACGUGGUCUCCCUACUGCUGGAGAGUGGAGCCGACCCCAGCCUGGAGGACCGGACUGGGGCUUCGGCUCUGGUCUACGCCAUAAAUGCGGAUGACAAAGACGCACUGAAGCCCCUCCUUGCUGCCUGCAAAGCCAAAGGCAAGGAGGUGAUUAUCAUAACAACCGAUAAGUCCUCCUCGGGCACCAAAACCACCAAGCAGUACCUCAACGUCCCUCCCUCCCCCAAAGUGGAAGGCAGGCAGUCGCCACCCCUGUGUGCGUCCCCCUCGGAUGUCCAAGUGACAGCUCCAAGCCUGGGCUCUCCGCCCAGGGAGAAGGAAGAUGACUUCUUCAGCCUCCAGACAGGGCACUCAAGUGGCUACAGCGCCUCCAAGGCCCUCCACGAGCCUGGGUCGCCCACCAGGAGGGUGGGCGGUCUCAAGAGGGCCCGUUUGCCACAGCUGAAGAGGUUGCAGUCUGAGCCGUGGGGCCUGGUGGCGCCAUCCGUGCUGGCAGCGUCCACUCGGCAGGACGAGGCCCGCGGCGCCGGCACGGACAGUGAGGUCCUCAAGGGCAUCGGCGACGCGUCCCUUGCUAAACGGGGGCCCUUGUCCAGGACCAGCAGCACGGACGGCAAGGACCCCACGCUCUUCCCCACGGUCACGGAGCAGGUGCUGAAGAUCCCGGGCUCUUCGGCACCGGCGACCUGGAAAGCGACCUAUGAGAAGGGUCAGGCCCCCCACCCGCGUCUGGCCAGGAGGGGAACCCUCCCCGCUGACCAAGAGAAGGGGGGUGCCGGCCCAGCCGGGCCCUCAGCUCUCAAAGAGCCAGCCUCCCUCAAGUGGCUGGAAAGUGACCUCUACAGCCUGGAUUUUCAAUCAGGGGCAGAGUCGCCCAGCUCCGUCUCCCUUGAGCCAGGCAAAGGACCCUUAGACAGGAGGAAGGUCAACAGCUCCCACUUGACCCUGUUCCACGGCUCCCGGGAGUCCCUGGACGCCGUCCCCAGCACAUCUCCCAGCUCUGCGCGGCGCCGGCCCCCGCACCUGCUGGAAAGACGAGGCUCUGGGACCCUGUUGCUGGACCGCAUCGCUCACACCAGGCCCGGCUUUCUACCCCCUCUGAACGUGAACCUGAACCCUCCCAUCCCAGACAUUAGAUCUGGCGGCAAAGCUGCUUCCCCACUUGCCAGUGGGUUGAAGUCCAUGGUCCCUGUUGCUCCAAGUUCGCCCAAGAGAGUCGACUUGAGAAGUACAAAGAAGUUGCUUAGGAGGCACUCGAUGCAGAUCGAGCAGAUGAAGCAGCUCUCGGGCUUCGAAGAGAUCACGACCUAGAAGCGGGGAGAAGGGCUGCUCUUUCCUCUGCGUCCGUAGCUUAGGAGAGGGACGGCCACUCAGGCGGACACGGCCGCACCCCUCUGCAUCCCCACCCCUCCUCAAUGUCCCGGAGUGGCCCCGUCAGAAACCACGGAAACGGGUGCAGGUUCACUUCUGAAACAGACCCAGGGGUCAUCCCAGAAUCCCCCCUUCUAGAAUAAUCCCUGGGUUUCUAGAGGCCUAAUUGUGAAGAGCUCAAGGUCAUCAGGUUUUGCAGAUAAAAAUCACACACACACACACACAUGCACACACACACAUGCACCCACAUGCAAACACACAUGCACACAACACACACGCACAUGCACACAAUACACACACGCACAUGCACACACAUACAUGCACACAAUACACACACGCACAUGCACACACAUACAUGCACACGCGCAUAUAUGCACAAACACGCACAUGCACACACAUAUAUGCACACACAUGCAAACACACAUGCACACAACACACACGCGCACAUGCACACACAUACAUGCAUACACGCACAUGCACACACAUGCACAUGCACACACACACACAUGGGUUCUCCAAAGAAAGGAAAUCGUUAGAGUUCAAACAUAGCAAGUCCACCGAGGGACGCUGUGCACACCAGGUGAUUUCUAUCACACACCCAGAAAAUGAUUUUGCAAAUUGCAAGGUGGUGUUGGGGGCGUGUCAUUUCCUACAACGCUAUAAAGUGCCUACAAAGACGGUGAGGCUUCCACGUGAGCUAGAACGUGGGAAAUCUCUCAAAACCAAUCCCUGGGUUGCCAUGUCUGGGUGCUGGGUCCUAUUUGAUGGGGUGCAAAGAGAAAUCCCCAUCCAACUGGCCCUGCCGUGUGGGUCCUGCCUCCUUCUGUGGCCUGGGCACUGGCCAGCCUGCCUGGGAGAGAUUGCUCAGAGCUGCCUUCAGGGAAUCCGCUCACAUACCAGCCUGAACCUGCUCCGAGUCCCUAGGGGCCACAGAGCCAUCAGACCCCCAGGAGCUGGUGGGCGACAGCAGCGGGUGCCUUAGCAUGAAAUUUCCUGCAGAGACGAGACCUCCCCAGGCCCCAGCCCCGACACAGGCUCCCGGUUGGAAUCUUGUGAGUCCAGGUGAGCUAACCUGGAGCUGAGUACGAUGCAGUUUGUAGAACAGACCCGUAGGAAGUGUUUCCAGAUCUUCUUCUUCUUCUUUUUUU